UCAUCUCCUGCACCGAGAGCGAGAGGCUGCAAGACAUGCAGGUGCGCAUUGCCGGGGUUCUGGACCUGAGUAGGGACGACGAGAGUCCACUGUUGCAGUUUUUCAAGCAGGCAGACUCGGAGAAGGAACCCCUGGACCAGAGUACCCGUGCCGCAGAGAUUGUUGGUUGUACAAUACAUGUCGUGUUGCAGGAACAUCCUGACUGGUAUGUGCAGAAGUGUUUUUCGAGACGCCGCACGGCCGAGUUAAAUUGGGAUGUGGACGAGGAAAGGACAGAAAGAUUGUCGUUGCUUCCAGAUGGCCAGUUCACCUACGAGAUGCGCAGACUUGCAUGGGAUGAGGACGUGGGGCGACUGGCUGUCAAGGAGGAUACACUUCACGGCACAGGGAGAUGGAGAUGUGUGCUGCAGGUUGGUAUGCCGGGCGCAUUGCCCGAAGAGGUCUUGCUUUUGGAGGGCAGUGCAAGCUGGCUGUCGUCCGGAGAUGCGAUUCGGGGUGGCCAUUUGCAGGUGAGGCGUGCCACGCUGGUGCUGGUCAGUGCGCCAUUCAGCAUUGGUGUGCACUGGACCCAGGAGUCAAUGCGGAACCCCAUGUCGGCAUCGACGCCUUCCUUUGGCUCUUCGGCCAUGAGCUACCCUUUUUCUGGUGCCUUGGUGUGCUUCGAUGUGUGCCUGAUGAGCGGGCGAGCUGCAGUCAUCUCCUGCACCGAGAGCGAGAGGCUGCAAGACAUGCAGGUGCGCAUUGCCGGGGUUCUGGACUUGGGUAGGGACGACGAGAGUCCACUGUUGCAGUUUUUCAAGCAGGCAGACUCGGAGAAGGAACCCCUGGACCAGAGUACCCGUGCCGCAGAGAUUGUUGGUUGUACAAUACAUGUCGUGUUGCAGGAACAUCCUGACUGGUAUGUGCAGAAGUGUUUUUCGAGACGCCGCACGGCCGAGUUAAAUUGGGAUGUGGACGAGGAAAGGACAGAAAGAUUGUCGUUGCUUCCAGAUGGCCAGUUCACCUACGAGAUUCGCAGACUUGCAUGGGAUGAGGACGUGGGGCGACUGGCUGUCAAGGAGGAUACACUUCACGGCACAGGGAGAUGGAGAUGUGUGCUGCAGGUUAGUAUGCCGGGCGCAUUGCCCGAAGAGGUCUUGCUUUUGGAGGGCAGUGCAAGCUGGCUGUCGUCCGGACGGGGUGGGUCUUACGCCAUGUCGGCAUCGACGCCUCCCUUUGGCUCUUCGGCCAUGAGCUGCACCGUUUCUGGUGCCUUGGUGUGCUUCGAUGUGUGCUUGGUGAGUGGGCGAGCUGCAGUCAUCUCCUGCACGGAGAGCGAGAGGCUGCAAGACAUGCAGGUGCGCAUUGCCGGGGUUCUGGAUUUGGGUAGGGACGACGAGACUCCAUUGUUGCAGUUCUUCAAGCAGGCAGACUCAGAGAAGGAACCCCUGGAUCAAAGUACCCGUGCCGCAGAGAUUGUGGGUUGUACAAUACACGUCGUGUUGCAAGAGCAUCCUGACUGGUAUGUGCAGAAGUGUUUUUCGAGACGUCGCACGGCCCAGUUGAAUUGGGAUGUGGACGAGGAGAGGACAGAAAGAUUGUCGCUGCUUCCAGAUGGCCAGUUCACUUACGAGAUGCGUAGACUUGCAUGGGAUGAGGACGUGGGGCGACUGGCUGUCAGGGAGGAUACACUUCACGGCACAGGGAGAUGGAGAUGUGUGCUGCAGGUUGGUAUGCCGGGCGCAUUGCCCGAAGAGGUCUUGCUUUUGGAGGGCAGUGCAAGCUGGCUGUCGUCCGGACGGGGUGGGCGCCUAGCCCCCCAACGCAUCCGACGGGCCCUUCCGAAAGUGGCCCUGAAGGAGUAUGAGAUCUCGCUGCUGCUCACAUAA